CAACUUAAUUGGGUUAUUCACGCAGCUGAAUAAAGAAAAAAGCCUUUCAUAGUGAGAUAGCCCUAGAAAUGUUUCGUGCAUCUUUGUUUGCUCUCUUUCUACUUUCUGCCUUCUCCUCCUCACUCUUACCUUUAACCACUGCUCAAGAUUACGUUCUCGACACGGACGGUCACGCGGUUGAAAAUCACGGUACAUACUAUUUGUUGCCAGCGAAAUCAGGAAGCGGCGGCGGUGGAAUAGAGGUAGCCGCAACUGGCAAAGAAAGUUGCGCUCUCACUGUAGUGCAAUCUCUGAACGAGGACUCCAUGGGGCUACCAUUGAAGCUUUCAAGCCCAUCCAUCACUACGUCUCACUUCACCGAAUACACUUCGUUGAGCAUCGAGUUCACUUCGGCGCCGGCGCCUUGUUCGUCCGCUUCGGAGUGGACCGUUGUCAAGGGAUUACCCGAAGGACGUGCCGUUAAACUUAACGAUUACGGGAACACCGUAGAGGGUGACUUUGCUUUUGUAUGUGCUAAGAGAGAAUUUUACCGUUGCAAUAAAUCGUAUCAGCUUAUUUUCUGUCCAUAUGGUCUUAUGAGGUGUGAAGAUGUUGGGAUCUCUAUUGACGAUGAUGGAAACAGGCGUUUGGUGAUCUCCGACGGGAAUCCAUUCCUGUUUAAGCUUCAGAAAGUUGGUUCAUCUUCUUCUGCAUGAAGCACCUCCGUGUAGUUUCUCCUAGUGAGAGACGUGUGCAAGAUGAUGCUUGAUAAAUAAAUGAUUUGGUUGUAACUACCGAAGGAUUAGAUAAAACUAAUCAAAGCUUAUAUAUGCUACGUUUUCGGCUUAA